AUCUUAUCAACUGAAAUAUAACGGUGUAGUGGGAGCCAUUACCCAGAUCGCUCUACGCUGUUUCUUGUCAAUGUUGCCCUGACUGCCAGGGCCACCGUGAGCUGCCACCACUGCCUCUGCUGCCUUCUCUAACAUCGACACUCACCAACCAAUCAACCAGCUUCAGCUGCCAUCACCAUGUUCAGCUGUCUUUUAAUUUCCCUGCUGGUUGGGAUAGUAGCGGCGGAAGGCCCCAGAUGGUGUGAGCUACCAGCCAGCUGUCAGCCGGGACAGCUGGUGCCUCAUCCCUGGGACUGUCACCAGUACCACCUGUGUGUGGUGGGCGGCGUGCCCCACUCCACCCCUCUACGCUGCCCCCACCGACACUACUUCCACCCCGCCUGGAGGAGGUGCCUGCCGGAGGACACCCCUUGUCUUCCACAGUGUCCACGCGCCUGCCCCUGUCACCUCCUCCGCCAGGGACGUCUUGUCCCUCACCACCACAACUGUCGGCCAGCCCAGCUCCUCCACGUCGACACCGGUCACUGCCUCGACACACGUUGUCUGAACUUCUGCGGUGACAGAGCUAAAGUUGCCCCGUUGGUGACACGGAAUGUCACACGAGUGUCCGGCUCCGUCGUGGUGAGUGAUCAGUGCAAGUUCUCCUGUAACGGAGACUUCAGUAAAUAUGCUGACCAUUAUGACUGCUCUCUGUACUACCAGUGCUUCUCUGGGGGGAUUACUGUCCCGGCCAGUUGUCCGGGAAAUUUCCCGUAUUUUGACGGGGAAGACUGCGUCACCGACAACUCUGCUUGUUGCGCUGACCUGACAACUACCACAACCACCACAACUACCACCACCCCAGGAAGUACUCUUUCACCUGCCACACCGCCAACAGCAACAACCAAAAGCCCCUCUACUACACGUGCAACUAAAACUACCACAACAACAACAACAAGUUUCACACCCACAACCAUUACAACACCCACGACAACCGGCGCGACCCCAUCCAUAGGAUGUAUAACAGAACCAGACUGCAGUGACAAGCCGUUCGGUCAUCUCGAAGGAGAUCCAGACGAUUGCUUCAAAUUUUAUUUUUGCUUAGGGGACGGGACCAUUUCUGCAAAUUCAGUGAAUUGUCCUAUUGGGGAGUUUUUCAACCCUUCCUUUCACACCUGUCAGAAGAUCGUAGGUGACACCUUCCACUGUCCACAGCCCUGCGACUCCUUAUGUCCUUACACAUGUGCUGAAAGCGAUCGCAUCUACGACCCUUUUGACUGCUCCAAAUACUAUUUAUGCAUAGAAGGAACGCCUAUACACCUUCCUUGUACUGAGAGUGUACCGUACUUCAACGGUACGACCUGUGUGGCCAGCCCAGACUCCUGCUGCAGGUUCCCGUGCCCGCCGUACUGUCCUCGUGGUGGGGUAUUCGUGCCCCACGGCCAGGACUGCCACAAGUACUACAUCUGUGUGGACGUUGGCACGCCCCUUGACACCGCAGUGCUCACGUGUAAAGACAAUCAGGUGUAUGAUUACAAGUUAAGGAAAUGUUCAGCAACAGCUGAGUGUAAAAUACUCUGUUGAGGCUCUUCCUUCCCUCAGUGGUGUAUAUUACGUAUUAGAUUAUAUUGGUUGUAUAUUGAGAACGUUCUCUCGAUUUGCCCCAACGUACAAAAUACCAUGUCCUAACAACCAGAAAUGUACGACUGGAAACCACCUACCUAGCCUAACUAGGUAGGUGUUUUCUGUUUUCAUGCAUAGAAAACGUAGAUUUUUGUGAGCUGCUGUUUUAUAGUAAUUAAAGUUAUAAAUAUAAAAAUAUAUAAGUUGGAUUGGACGUAGUAGUUGUGACGACGGGCUGAAAUAUUUUUGUUCUAGUGAGGUGAUCUUUGGCAGCAUUGCGGUGGACUUGAACUCACGUCCCGGGUCACCAGAAACCUUUCACAAGAGUUUAUAAUAGAUCUAUCACACUAUUGUAAUGUUUAGUCUUUGAUAGAGUUUCGAUGUUCUGUGUCUGAACCUUAAAUGAGACACUUCUGUAUGAUGUUCUUAUUAAAUUAAAUUCCUAAUGAUGUCAAA